AGCAGUUUAAAGUCCACCUCACUGGGGAGCACCUAAGCUGAAUGCUCCAGAUAAUCCUCUUUGGCAGCUUCUUCAGAACCACCCAGGCUGGUCGUUGGGCACCUGGGCUUCCCAGCAGACCAGCUGGGGUCUAGGGAAAGGACCCAUCUUCUCUACUUGGCUACAGGAUGACGCUUGUUAUCAGGGUGCUCUUCUUGUGGCUGAGCAUAAGGAGCUGCGUGGGCCAAAGCGAAUCCGAUUCUGAAACUGGGGAAUCCUACUCCGACUGGGGUCUUCGACAUAUCCGGGGCAGCUUCGAAUCAGUCAACAGCUAUUUUGACUCCUUUCUUGAGCUGCUAGGAGGGAAGAACGGGGUUUGCCAGUACAGAUGCAGAUAUGGGAAGGCACCAAUGCCACGGCCUGGCUAUAAGCCACAGGAGCCCAACGGCUGCAGCUCUUACUUCCUGGGUCUCAAGGUACCAGACAGUAUGGACUUGGGGAUCCCAGCCAUGACCAAGUGCUGCAACCAGCUGGAUUCCUGCUACGACACAUGCGGCGCCAACAAAUACCGCUGCGACGCCAAGUUCCGCUGGUGUCUCCACUCCAUCUGCUCCGAUCUCAAGCGCAGCCUGGGCUUCGUCUCCAAGGUGGCAGCUUGUGAUUCUCUGGCCGACACGAUAUUCAAUACCGUAUGGACCUUGGGCUGCCGGCCAUUCAUGAACAGUCAGACAGCCUGCAUCUGCGCUGAAGAGGAGAAGGAAGAGUUAUGAUUAAGCACUGGCUUCCCCCUGCCCUCCAGAGAGACCCCACCUGCCUGGGCCCCCCUCAGAGGAGACAGUAAAAUCGCGAGAUACUUCAUCAGCUACUUCCAUCCUUCCCUAUACUAGCCUAGUCACCACCGAGUAAGAGAGGGAGAGCAGGAAAUUACAGCCUGAAAAGGGAGUCAUGACUUUUGGGGAGACCUGUCUGCCAGGGAGCAGGAGGGAGAUUCUACUGCAAGUCCUGGGGAUUCACCUGCCUGGGAAAAUUUUCACACAGAGAAAAUACAACACUAACUCUGGGAGUUCUGGAGUUGAUACUCAUCUUUACAUGUGAACUUUGGGCAAAUCUUAACUCUCACAAGGGGGGCAAUGGCUUUCCAUCAGUCCGUGUGUUCGUCAUCCCUUGCUAGACACAAUAAAGUGAACUUUUUAAAAAUUUUAAAAA